CAAAUAAAAUAUUCGUCAGUUUUUGUUUCUGUUAAUAUCGAUCUAAUCAAGUUAUAAAUAAAACGAUCUUUUAAACUGUAUAAGCCAGCUUAACGUUCUCCAUCAAAAUUGUGUGAUAAAAGUUCCGAAAAUGGCAGCUAAUCCUCCGGAGGAAGGUUUCGAUCAGGCAGAGUUUGAAGACGACGAGCUUGGUGAGGUACAGAUCGAGACCUCAUCCGGGCGCAAGCGUUUGUUUAGCAAGGAGCUGCGCUGCAUGAUGUAUGGUUUCGGUGACGAUCAGAAUCCGUACACCGAAAGUGUGGAUCUGCUGGAAGAUCUGGUAGUCGAAUUCAUUACCGAGAUGACGCACCGCGCCAUGGAAAUCGGGCGUACGGGUCGUGUACAGGUGGAAGACAUUGUGUUUCUGGUGCGCAAGAACUCCCGCAAGUAUGCUCGCGUGAAGGAUCUGUUGACCAUGAACGAAGAGCUGAAGCGGGCCCGAAAGGCUUUCGAUGAAGUUAAGUAUGUCGGAGCGGAAGCAAAAAUUAAGUAAUCGCUUACGAAGGAUUUGAAGACUGUACUAUUCCUUACCGCUAAUGUAUAAACUUAGACAAAAUAAAAGGAAAAUUGAUUGAA